AUGUUGGUAGACUUUUCAUUCUCUCUCAUCCAAUUUAUUCUAUUAACAUCUAUCUAUCUAUCUAUCUAUCUAUCUAUUUGUCUAUCUAUCUGUCUUUUCUUUCUAUCUUAUCUUAAUAUCUAUCUAUCUAUCUAUCUAUCUAUCUAUCUAUUAACAACUAUCUAUUGCAAUCUCUUAACAUCCAUGUAUCUAUCAACAUCUACCUAUCUAUCUCAGUCUAUUAACAUCUAUCUAUCUAGCUCAGAUUUUUCAUUCUCUAUAUCUCAGUCUAUUAAUAUCUAUCUAUCUAUCUAUCUAUCUAUCUAUCUAUCUAUCUAUCUGUCUCAGACUUUUCAUCCAUUCUAUCUCCGUCUAUUAACAUCUAUUUAUCUGUCUCAUUUAUCUCUCCAUUGGGUUGGAAACAAAGAUUCUGCUCAAUCUUUAAUAAAAAAAAAUAUAUAUAAGGUAGUGCAGAAAGUUUGUUUCCAAUACAAUAUAUUUCUUUCUUUCUUUCUUUCUUUCUUUCUUUCUUUCUAUCUAUCUAUCUAUCUAUCUAUCUAUCUAUCUAUCUAUCUAUCUAUCUAUCCAACCUUACUCACUGCUAUUGCAUUCUAUAUCUUUAUAUCCCACUCAAAUUAA